AUGAACAGCACAGCCAAUGUGAUAAUUGUAUAUGGUAAAAUUCAUACCAUGACAGUUCUGAGAACUUUCCUUCAGUUUUCAGAAGUGGAGGAUAUACCAAGGAAGCCAAAGAUCUGGCUUAUAAAUGCUCAGACAGAUUACACUUCAAUGUCCUUUCAUAAAUCAUGUGACGUCCAUUUCCUACAAGGUGCUUUAUCCUUUGCAAUUCACACAAAAGAAGUCCAAGACUUCCAAGAAUUUCUUCACAAUCUGAGUCCAAACAGUGAUCAUCAUGAUCAUUUUCGGAAAGAUUUCUGGGAACAGGCAUUCGGUUGUGUCUUCCCUAAUUCAACAUCAGAGGUGUCUGAGACAACUUGUACUGGACAGGAGAGACUUGAGACCCUUCCUACAUCUGUGUUUGAAACACGCAUCAGUGGACAGAGUUACAAUAUUUACAAUGCAGUCUACGCUGUGGCACAUGCUUUGCAAUCUCUGUAUUUAUCCAAAUCCAGGGACGCAACAAUAGUGAAAGCAGGAAGGAAAGAGUUUCACAAUCAAGUGUGGUGGCAGGCAUUACCUCUAUCUUUGUGUAAUGGUCCUUGUGAGACAGGAUACAGCAAGGAAAAGAUAGAAGGGGAGUCGUUUUGCUGCUAUGCUUGCCAUCUGUGUCCAGAGGGGAAAAUAUCAAAAAAGAAGGAUGUAGAUGACUGUUCUCCAUGUCCAGAAGAUCAAUAUGCAAAUACUGACAAAAAUAUGUGCAUUCCAAAGCGGAUCACCUUUUUGUCCUAUGAAGAACCCUUGGGGAUCAGUCUGACCGUUCUUUCUCUUUGCUUUUCUUUAAUGACAACUUUGGUAAUCACAAUCUUCAUGAAACACAAAGACACUCCCAUUGUCAAAGCCAACAACCGGAAUCUCACCUACAUCCUCCUAGUUUCCCUCCUCCUCUCUUUCCUUUGCAUGUUUCUGUUUCUUGGGAGACCUAACACAAUUGCGUGUCUCCUCCGACAACCAGCUUUUGGCCUCAUCUUUUCUGUGGCAGUUUCUUGUGUCUUGGCCAAAACCUUUGUUUUGGUUCUAGCAUUCAUGGCCACCAAACCUGGUUCCAGAUUAAGGAAAUGGGUGGGGGGAAGAAUGGUCACUUUUAUUCUUCUAUCCUGCUCCCUUGUUCAAAUGUGUAUUUGUGCUGUGUGGCUAAUAAUGUCCCCACCAUACCUGGAUUUUGAUGCCCAUUCAGUGUCUGAAGAAGUCAUCAUGGAGUGCAAUGAAGACUCAGUCAUGUUCUACUGUGUUUUGGGCUUUAUGGGGUUUCUUGCUCUUGUUAGCUUCUCUGCUGCUUUUCUAGCUAGGAAGUUACCCGAUAGUUUCAAUGAAGCCAAAUUCAUCACUUUCAGCAUGUUGGUCUUCUGCAGUGUUUGGCUGUGCUUUAUUCCAACCUAUCUAAGCACAAGGGGAAAAUAUACCGUGGCUGUGGAGAUCUUCUCCAUGAUCUCCUCCAGUGCUGGCUUAUUGAUGUGCAUCUUCCUUCCCAAAUGUUUUAUCAUUGUGAUGAGACCCAAACUGAAUGAUAAACAUCAGCUCAUGAAAAGAAAGUUUCAACAACUCUUUCCAUUUUCCUGA